GCUAGUAAAUGCUACAAAAUGGCGCGUUUUUAUACGGAACAGCAGCAGACUGUGCUGAAGGCCUACUUUUAUGAAAAAGGAGUCAACUCUUGUGGCAAAGGACGAAUGAAUGAAAUUGAAGCUAUAUCUCAGGAACUCCAGUGUCCUGUAAAGAAAGUAAAGAACUGGAUAAAUGCUGAGCAACGACGUUGUAAAAAGAAAUCAUCUCCUGAUAUUUCUAAUGUACCAAGUAUUGUAGUAACUCGUGGCUUUAGAAAACGAUCAGGGUUUCAGACUUUUUGUCAUGAAAAGUCACUAUCAUCGUCUACCCCUUCUAUGCCUCAACUUUCACAAAUGUGGCAACAACUGCCUGAGUCAGAGAAAAAGGAUUGGUCAGAUAAAGGACGAGAAAUAACACAGUCUUGUACUAAAAGGAAGGCCAUCAAUGACUUAGUCUCAUCUUUGCGUAGUAAUCUUUUAAAUCUCUCUAAACUUGGAGUAGAAGGCUAUGCAUCUGUCCUUAAUUUAGAAUCAUCUGAGUCACAGUUAAUGACAUCUUCUGAUAAAAUUGACAAUUUUUUAGAACUGGAACAAAUUGAGGACAAGUUUUUCAAGUAUAUGUGUGGAAUGGAAUAUCGUUUAAACUUAAAAAAGAAAAAGUCUUUUGAUGACAUCCUCAAGAAAGUACGCCUGUCAUUCAGGAAUAAAUACAUGGAGGCUACUGGUAAAGGACGUAUUCCUUAUGGCAAGUUAAAUGAACUUGGAUGUCAUGUCACUGGUCUUCCAGAAGGCAUUUCAUUUAAGCAACCAUCGCAAUAUAGUUUCUCAGAUUUAAGAACAGUUUGUAACAGUUUAAGUGAUAUUAAAUUUAUGAAAAUAAUUGCUGAAUGAUAAUUUGAAAGAUGUUAACUGUUUCAUUCAAACUAUA